GACACUAGCACUAGACAGACUGACUGAUCGAGGUUAUUUUCGUUGAAAGCUUCCAAAGUUGUUCGCCUAAAGUUUACUUUUGAAAUAUUGUGCAACAUCUAUUUUAUUCGUACAAAUUGAAUAUCAUGUCCUUAUUUGCUAGGAUCCUCAAGGUCACUGCAGAGCGAGGAGUUUUGAUUUCCCCUCUAAGAGCCAUGAGUCAAAUUGGAGAUCUUGGGAGUGGCGCAGGGAAGGGAGGUGGCGGAGGUGGUAGCAUCAGAUCGGCUGGCGGAGCUUUUGGAAAAAUGGAGGCAGCCAAUGAAGAAGAAUACUUCUACAAGCAGCAAAGAGCUCAGUUGGAGAAGUUGAAAGAAGAUUUGCAUGACGAAAUCAGCUUCCACGAGGAGCAGAUCAAGCGACAUCAAGAAGCAAUCGAAAGACACAAGAACAGGGUGAUUCAGAUGGAGCAGGGAGGCAACAAGUAGACUGAAGCCCUCGUGUUAGACCCGAGUAUUAUGAUCAUCUUAGAAUCACACUUUCAUUAUUAAUGUAACUGUGGAACUGAUUUUUCACUUUGUACUAUUCAAUCAAUUAUUUACUAUUAAAUGCAUGUAAGAUAA